GGGCCGGGGCGGGGCGUCACUCGGCUCCCCGGCCGGCGGCGAUGGCGCAGGGCGGCUGGCGCUGGGUCCGCGGGCUGUGGCUCGCGGGGCGGCCCCUGUUCCAGGGUCGCGCGCUGCUGCUGACCAACACGCUGGGCUGCGGCGCGCUCAUGGCGGCCGGCGACGGCGCUCGUCAGGCCUGGGAGAUCCGCGUCCGGCCGGGGCAGAGGGUCGACCCGUGGCGCUCAGCCCGCAUGUUUGCGGUGGGCUGCAGCAUGGGCCCCUGCCUGCACUACUGGUACCUGUGGCUGGACCGCGUCCUCCCCGCCGCCGGCCUGCGCGGCCUCCCCAACGUCCUCAAGAAGGUGCUGGUGGACCAGCUGGUCGCCUCUCCCCUGCUGGGCGCCUGGUACUUUCUGGGCAUCGGCUGCCUGGAGGGCCAGACUCUGGAGGAGAGCCACCGGGAGCUGAGGGAUAAGUUCUGGGAGUUCUACAAGGCCGACUGGUGCGUGUGGCCCGCCGCACAGCUGGUGAACUUUCUCUUCGUGCCACCCCAGUUCCGGGUCACCUACAUCAACUGCCUGACGCUGGGCUGGGACACGUACCUGUCCUACCUGAAGUACCGGAUCCCCGGACCCCUGACGCCCCCCGGCUGCAUGGCCCUGGACUCGCGCGCAGACUGAGCCGCCCGGCUGCUGCUCGGACCCGCCCUGAGCCCCGACCAGGACGGGGUCCUGCGCCGCCUCCGGGCCGCACCAGGACUCCACGCCUGAACUGAACCCAGCGUCCAACACGUCGGUGUUUGCAUGGAUUCCGUGCCGCGACAUCGCCGGCCCAGACGCGGGCGGGACUGCAUGGCCGCCACAGCCCACCCUGGGUAGGACCAAAGCAAGGGGAAGCCGCCCCGAGCACCCCAAGCUCUGGACAGGCAGGGCAGCCUCCGGCCUCGCGCCGCUGCAGACUGUGGGACAGCCAUUAAAUGCUCGGAUUCCGAA